UGAUAGGAGUAACGCAAAAAAAAUGCAAGAUGCUGACAAAGAAACAGACACACACAUCAUACUCUCCAAGACCAUUUAUUAGAGUCUAAACUCUGAAAACACCUACCUUUGUAGUGCUCAGCUGCAGUUUGUUUCAUUGUGAACGAUAUGAUGGCGAAGGAAGAAGGAGGUACUCCAACUACUAGCCAUCUCAACUGGCGCUACGAUGUUUUCCUCAGUUUUAGAGGAGAAGACACGCGUUACACCUUUACAGGGAACCUCUAUGACGCUUUACGGCGCAAGAGAUUCAAGGUCUUCAUGGAUGAGGGGGGAUUAAAGGGUGGCGACGAAAUUCAACUUGCUAUUCUGAAAGGAUUGCAAGAAUCAAGGAUUUCAAUAGUUGUUCUCUCGAAAACCUUUGCAUCUUCUCCAUGGUGUCUGAAUGAACUUACCCAGAUCCUUGAAUGUAGGGAGACAAAGAAUCAAGUGAUCCUCCCAAUCUUUUACGACGUCGAUCCAUCCGAUGUAAGGCGUCAAACUGGUUCAUACGGAGAAUCCAUGGCUGUUCAUUGGUAUGGGGAGGACUCUGAGAGUGUGCAUAAAUGGAGGUCAGCUUUGUCCAAAAUUGCAGAAUUGCCUGGAUGGCAUUUCAGAAUUGGGAAGGGCUACGAAUAUAAAGUGAUCCAACAGAUUGUAGACAAGGUCAUCAAAAUGGCGCCUCGCUAUGAUGUUUUUCUCAGUUUCUGUGGAAAAGAUACGCGCUAUACCUUUACAGGCUUUCUCUAUGACGCCUUCAGCCGGGAGGGAUUCAAAGUCUUCAUGAAUGAUGAGGUAUCGGAGGAAGGGGACCAAAUUUCAGAACCUCUCAUUACAGCAAUAGAAAAAUCAAGGUUUUCAAUCAUUGUUUUUUCUGAAAACUAUGCAUAUUCCUCGUUGUGUCUUGAUGUACUCGCUAAGAUCCUUGACUGGAAGAAGACCAAAGAUCAAUUGGUUUGGCCUAUCUUUUACAAAAUAGAACCUUCUGAUUUGCGACAUCAAAGAAAGAGUUACGACACAGCCAUGACAGAACAUGAAAAUAGAUUUGGAAAGGACUCUAAAAAGGUGAAAAACUGGAGAUCAACUUUGUAUAAUGCCGCCAACUUAAAAGGAUGGUACUUGAAAACCGGGUAUGAGUACGAGUUUAUCGAAAAAUUGGUGGAAAUGGCCAUAAAAAUUUAACAACCUUGCUCGAGCGUCAACACUAGAAGGAAGAUUUGGGAGUUUCUCUUACAUUAAUGUGCUUCUGAGGCCACUACUACUAAUCAAUUCAACAGGUGGUUUCAUAAGCGCGCAGUCACAGCUGUUAAGAGAAUUUGGAAGUGCAUGGUUGUAAUCCUUAGUACUUGAAAUUUGUUUUGGAAGCAUGAUUGACAUGUACUUAUAAUAAUCACAAUUUACAGAUAGGCGUGUGUGUACAAAUAAGGGCCAUCAAGGGCUAUUACCUAAGGCCUAAGGGGUUUAAAUCUUGACAUUGUAUCACACUUGCAGAAGGAGAGUGAGAUCCUUGGAAGUCACUUCUUUUUGCAAGUUUACUUUGAUAUACCUAUGUUUCGUCAUGUUUCUUUA